AUGUGGCUUUCCUCGCUCGUCCCGAGGCGAAAAUAUAGGAUAGGAGCGACGUGCCUCUUUUCAAUAUGUCUUGUGCUAGUCAACCAAGGUCUUGCAGAGAAGACUGCUGCGGAUUAUUUCGUUCGAUCUCUUCCAGGGGCACCACCUGGUCCACUCUUGAAAAUGCACGCGGGACACGUUGAAAUUUCACCUGAGCACCAUGGAAACCUAUUCUUUUGGCUCUACCAAAACCGGCACAUUGCAAACAAGCAGAGACUACUUAACGGGGGACCGGGAUGCAGCUCAGAAGACGGGGCAUUAAUGGAGAUUGGCCCUUACAGAGUCAGAAAUGACCAGAAUGGACCAAGACUUGAGUAUAACGAUGGUUCAUGGGAUGAAUUUUCCAACCUCAUGUUUGUGGAUAAUCCGUAUGGAACUGGAUACAGCUACAUCGAUUCCGACUCUUUUGUACACAGCUUAUCAGAAAUGGCCGACCAAUUUGUCAUGUUUUUGGAAAAAUGGUUUAAAAUAUUUCCACAGUUCGAACUAGAUGAUAUAUAUCUUGCAGGUGAAUCUUAUGCAGGACAGCAUGUUCCAUACAUCGCUCGAGCGAUCCUUGAUCGUAAUAAAAAGAACGCGCAGAAAUGGGGAUUAAAAGGUAUGCUAAUUGGAAAUGGAUGGAUCGCGCCCGAGGAGCAAUACAAAGCUUAUCUAUCAUUUGCAUAUGAGCGGGGCCUCGUACAGCGUGACUCUGAUGUUGCUAAAAGAAUAGAAUCUCAACAGGCGAUCUGUAUGAAAGAGCUUAACCAAGCUGGUGGGAAGGAUCGCGUUAGCAUCAAGCAGUGUGAAGAUGUCCUCCAGGAAAUUCUACGAGAAACCCAGACACCAGGAACAGACGGAAAUCAACAAUGUAUGAAUAUGUACGAUGUACGGCUAAAAGAUUCGUACCCUAGUUGUGGCAUGAAUUGGCCUCCUGACUUGGCCGAUGUUACAACUUAUCUUCGCAGGAAAGAUGUGGUAGACGCCUUACACAUUGACUCCCAAAAACAAACUGGUUGGAAAGAAUGCAAUGGAGCUGUAGGGACGGCUUUCAGGAGUUCAGAGUCUAAACCAUCCCUAAGUCUCCUACCGGACUUGAUUGCAGAAGUCCCAAUUGUGCUUUUCUCUGGAGCUGAGGAUCUCAUAUGCAAUCACAUUGGAACGGAAGAACUUAUCAGCAAUAUGCAAUGGAACGGGGGUAAGGGAUUUGAAUUGUCGCAAGGAACUUGGGCACCUCGUAGGGAUUGGGAGUUUGAGGGACAGCCAGCCGGAUUCUGGCAAGAAGCACGGAAUCUUACCUAUGUCUUAUUUUACAACUCGUCUCACAUGGUUCCAUUUGAUUACGCGCGGCGAACCCGCGAUAUGCUUGACCGAUUCAUGGGUGUAGAUAUCAGCAGCAUUGGAGGAACCCCUACAAACAGUCGGAUCGACGGAGAGAAAGGUCUUGAAACUUCUGUCGGUGGUCACCCUAACAGCACUGCUGCACAAGAGGCGGAAUACACCAGACUCGAAGCUGCCAAAUGGUCAGCUUAUUACAAGUCAGGAGAGACGGUCCUCGUUAUUGUCAUUAUUGCGGCUGGAGCAUGGGGGUACUGUAUCUGGAGGGAUAGAAGAAAGCGCGCUGGCUAUAAGGGUAUCUUUGGCGACGACACUCCCAUGGCUCUCGGCGGAGCACGUCGGAGUAUACAACCUGAGGAGAUAGGCGGUGUAAGCAAGCGAGUCCGGAGACCAAGGAGGGAUGUAGAAGCAGUGGAAUUUGACGAGAGUGAACUGGACGAGCUUCAUUUUGAGCCGACAGAGAGCACUAUCAGGGAUCGUUACAGCAUCGGUGGCGAUAGUGAUGACGAGGAUGAAAAGAUUUAUGAUGGGCUUGUAAAUGCAAAGGGUAAGCAGAGGCUAAGGAUGAGUUGA